CGAUUGGCUGCAACUGCGUGGAAGAUCGGUAAAUUCAAUCGGGUGAGCCCUUAACGUGCAGCCACAUGGUUUAGAUGCUGCAGUGCUUCUAUGCGGGACCAAAGCAGCCAACUGUCCAUUUUCCUGGAUAAGAACAGAAAGUGUUACAGAGCAGAAGCAAUCAUUUGUGAAAGGAAGCCAGAAAACCAUAACACAGCAGGAGAAAAAACUAUUACUAAUGCUACAGAAGUGAAGAACCCACUGCAACAAUGCAAACAGAGGAGCUGUGGUCACACCUUCGUAUUCCAGAAUUGGGGGAAGUCCAGCAAUUCCUGCGCUCUCUUCCACCAUCCACUGUAAUAGGAAUUGGUACCAUUGCAGCUCUUGCAAUGUACUGGUAUGCUACGAGACCCAAAGCACAGAUACCGUCAUGCGACCUGUCAAUGCAGUCUGUGGAAGUUGAAACUGGUGAACAUGCUCGGAGAAGUGCGCUGCUUAGGGAAGGUGAUGAUCUGCUAAGUUCCUACUAUCAAGAUGUAAGAACACUAUAUGAUGUGCUAAAAAGGGGUUUGAUUGUAUCAAGUAAUGGACCUUGUUUGGGUUUUAGAAAGCCAAAUCAACCUUACCAGUGGAUAUCCUAUCGUGAAGUUAUUGAUAGGGCAGAAUUUGUGGGUUCAGGAAUUUUCCUUCGCGGCUAUAGGGGAGGGAAUAGUGAAUAUAUUGGGGUUUUUGCCCAAAACAGACCGGAGUGGGUUAUUGUUGAACAGGGCUGUUACGCAUACUCCAUGGUAGUGGUACCAUUGUACGAAACGUUGGGAGAUGAAGCUGUUUCCUAUAUCAUAAACAAAGCGGAUAUUGAAGUUGUAAUCUGUGACACAGCAGUCAGAGCAGAAACCCUACUAAAGGGGGUGGAAACUGGGGUAACAUCAGAACUAAAGAUCAUCAUUGUCAUAGAUCCUUUUGGAGAGGACCUCAAAGAACGAGGAAUUAAAUCUGGAGUUGAGCUUGUUUCUUUAGCAGAAAUAGAGGAACUAGGAAGGGAGAAGAAGCAAAAACUGAAACCAGCACAUCCUGAUGAUUUGGCUGUUAUUUGUUUCACCAGUGGAACCACAGGAAACCCCAAAGGGGCACUGUUGACUCAUGCAAACAUUGUGUCUAAUCUCUCUGCUUUUAUCAAAGUUACAGAGGGGCAUUGGGUGGCAUCACCCUCUGACAUACACAUUUCCUUUUUACCACUUGCACACAUGUUUGAGCGCCUGGUACAGGUUGUGGUCCUCUGUCAUGGUGCACGGAUUGGAUUCUUUCAGGGAGACAUUAGACUGUUAAUGGAUGACAUCAAAGUUUUGAAGCCAACGAUCUUUCCAGUUGUUCCCCGUUUGCUUAAUAGGAUGUAUGAUAGGAUUCAUAGCCAAGCUAAUAGUUUUGUGAAAAGAAAAGUAUUGCAGCUUGCUUCCUGGCGAAAAAUAGAAGAACUUCGGAAAGGGAUAAUGCGACGCGACAGCAUAUGGGACAUAUUGGUCUUUCGAAAAGUACAGGCCAGUCUGGGUGGUCAAGUAAAACUGAUGGUAAUUGGAGCUGCUCCUGUGUCUGAGACUGUGCUUACCUUUAUCAGGGCAGCUUUAGGUUGUCAGUUUUAUGAGGGAUAUGGGCAAACGGAGUGCACGGCAGGCUGCUCAAUGACCAUUCCCGGAGACUGGUCAGCAGGACAUGUGGGAGCUCCAAUGCCUUGCAAUCUGGUUAAGCUUGUUGAUGUAGAAGAAAUGAACUACUUUGCUGCUAAAGGGGAGGGUGAGGUAUGUAUAAAGGGGCCAAAUGUGUUUUCUGGUUACCUAAAAGACCCUGAGAAAACUGCAGAAGCUCUGGAUGAGGAUGACUGGUUGCACACUGGGGAUAUAGGAAAGUGGCUGCCGAAUGGGACUCUGAAGAUAAUUGAUCGCAAAAAGCACAUAUUCAAAUUGGCACAGGGCGAGUACAUAGCACCUGAAAAAAUUGAAAACAUCUAUGUGAGGUCUGAGCCAGUUGCUCAGGUGUUUGUUCACGGUGACAGUCUGCAGGCUUUUCUGGUGGGAAUUGUGAUACCUGAUCCUGAGGUGUUAACUGACUGGGCCCUAAAGAAGCAUAUUAAAGGGUCAUUUGAAGAUUUAUGUAAAAACAAGACUUUAAAGGAUGCUAUUUUAGAAAAUUUGCUGAAGAUCGGAAAGGAAGCUGGACUGAAAACAUUUGAACAAGUGAAGGAUAUUUUUAUCUAUCCUGAGAUGCUAACUGUUCAAAAUGGCCUUUUGACACCAACGUUCAAGACAAAGAGAGCAGACCUAAGAAAAUUCUUCAGCGCACAAAUCGCUGAACUUUAUGCAAAGCACACUGUAUAAACAAGUGCACCUUUUUGAAGCAAAUCUAAUUACUGUCUGUGUUCAUUUGAUAAUGAUAACUGAUGCUUUGCAAUGAUCUACCAGAAUAUAUAUAUAUAAAUAUAUUCAUAUUUUGUACAAGCCUUGUGAGCCAAAAAAUAUCAGAUCAUAUCACCGUUUAAAUACAUUUGUUAAUUUCCAAAAUGCCUUAUAUUUUAAACAUUCAUCUCUUUCAUGAGGGAAUGGUAUCACAAACUUGAAAUGAAGGGGAAGCACAAAUUAAGUUGCACUUGUGUGGAUGGAUGUACAGUUGUCACAAAUGCACUAUUGAAUAACAUAAUUUUUAUAUCUGUAUGCAGCAGCUGUUGCACAAAUGUCUAAAGUGAAAUGAAAAUGAAUACUGAAAGCUUUAACAAGAUUACAUGUUUAAUUUAUAUCUCCCUGACAUUUGAUUAUGUUAAAAAGGCUUGCCAUUGUAGAUGUUUUUGUACAGAGAACCAAACGAAGAUUUGCAAAUUGUCAGUGAAGUAAAAAUAAAAAGUAUGUUUUCUGUG